GCCUGCAUUCGCUUGAGCAACGUUCCACUGGCAGCGACAACUAUUACGGCAUUCUCAAAGGUUCCCCAGCCAAGAAAUCCCCCUCCGAAGAUCAUCUAGCAUCAUGCGAUUCUUGAUGAUCAGUAUUUUCCUCAUGGCAUUUUGUCUAGCCGCCCGAGCAGAUGUAUCUCAGUUGGUGAGAUCUGGCAAUGGAUUUGUGUACGAUGUGCCCAAGGUGACGGAGCUGGAACUGGAGGUCAGCAACGAGUUUCCCACUGGCGAGGAGUUCCCUCAGGAUGCCAUUCCAGUGGCUCCUUCCGAUGCAGAACUUGGACUGGCCGAAGAACCCGAGGAACCAGAGGUGGUUGCUGAAACCAGUAUAACACCCUCCAAAAAACUCCAUGGCUACAAGUACCAGGUGCCCAGUCGGCGCUUCAAGAGUUAAAUACUCGCCCUAGUAAAAUGAAUUUGUACCAAAGUUUCGUAAACAUAAUAAAAAUUAAAACACACCGAGA